AUGGCCGGUGCCCUUCUUUUCUGUCUUUUUCUGCUUCUAGCCCUGGAAGUCCCCUUCCUGGGCAACUGCUUCAGUCCCACAUCUCGCUUCCGUUAUUCUAGGUUCCUAGAUUCUUCCAAUGUCGUGUUCCUGCGUUGGGACUUUGACCUUAAAGCUGAAUUCAUCACUUUUGAACUCCAAGUCCGCACAGCUGGCUGGGUAGGCUUGGGUGUCACAAAUCGCUACACCAGAGCAGGCAGUGACCUGGUUGUUGGAGGAGUCUUACCUGAUGGCAAUGUCUAUUUUUCGGAUCAGCACCUGGUGGACGAAGACACCCUGAUGGAAGACGGCAGCCAGGAUGCUGAGCUGCAUGGGCUGACAGAAGGUGCCAUUUACACCACCAUGAGCUUCUCCAGACCCUUCCGCUCCUGCGACCCUCAUGACCAGGACAUCACGGGUGACACUGUGAGGGUGCUGGUUGCCUAUGGCCUGGAUGACACCCUGAAACUGGAUUGGAACCGUACUUUUGUCAAGUCCAUCUUUCUGCUACAAGUGGUCCAUCCCGAUGAUCUGGAAGUCCCUGAGGACACCAUCAUCCACGACUUGGAGAUCACUGAUUUCCUCAUUCCAGAGGAUGACACCACAUACGCCUGCACCUUCCUCCCUCUGCCCAUUGUUAGCAAGAAGCAUCACAUCUACAAGUUUGAACCCAAGUUGGUCAAGCACAGUGAGACGAUGGUGCAUCACAUCCUGGUGUACGCCUGCGGCAACGCCAGCGCCCUCCCCACGGGCAUCAGCGACUGCUACGGGGCCGACCCUGCCUUCUCCCUCUGCUCACAGGUCAUCGUGGGCUGGGCUGUUGGGGGCACUAGUUACCAGUUUCCCGACGACGUGGGCAUCUCUAUUGGGACCCCCUUGGACCCUCAGUGGAUCCGACUGGAGGUUCAUUACAGCAACUUUUACAACCUUCCUGGUGUGUACGACUCCUCAGGCAUCCGCGUGUACUACACCAGUCACCUGCGCAAAUACGACAUGGGCGUCCUGCAGCUCGGCUUCUUCACAUUCCCCAUCCACUUCAUACCCCCGGGCGCCGAGUCCUUCAUGUCCUACGGGCUGUGUAAGACAGAGAAGUUUGAAGAGAUGAACGGGGCUCCGGUCCCUGACAUACAGGUAUACGGCUACCUGCUGCACACCCACCUGGCCGGGCGGGCUCUGCAGGCCGUGCAGUACAGAAAUGGAACACAACUCCAAACCAUCUGUAAAGAUGAUUCCUAUGACUUCAACCUGCAGGAGACUCGCGAUCUCCCUGCCCGAGUGGCGAUCAAACCGGGAGAUGAGUUGCUGGUAGAAUGUCACUACCAGACCCUGGACCGUGACUUCUUAACUUUUGGUGGUCCCAGCACCAUCAAUGAGAUGUGCCUCAUCUUCCUCUUCUACUAUCCUCGAAAUAACAUCUCCAGCUGCAUGGGGUAUCCUGACAUCAUCUACGUGGCACAGGAGCUUGGGGAGGAGGCAUCAGACUCCAUGGAGGGCAUGAUGGCCAUGAACAACGUAGAGUGGACCCCAGAGAGCAUUAAGAAGGCUGAGAGAGCCUGCAAAGAGGCCAGGCAGACAGUGAUAAUAAAGACCAUUGACGAGGUGGUGGAAAACACUACAGGCUGGAUUCCAGACAUCAUCCCUACUCCUCGGGGACCCUGCUUGGAGUCCUCUGGAGGCAAAGUGGAGCCCCAGGACAAGACCCCUGCAGGCUUCAAGGCUGCCCCAGUGGCCCUUUCUGGCUCCAGCACUGUGUCUCUGAGGCGCCUUCCUCUGGCAGCCCACCUGCUGGUGCAGGUCGUCCUCUCCUGGCUCCUCGCCAUCCUGAGGACUGGAGGCUGACUCUGCCUCCUUUUAUGCAUACAUGGGGCCUCCCUCUUCUCAGCCCUCCACCUACCAGCAAAAUCAGAAACUCCUCCUUGUUUUGGGUCCCCAAAUGUCCACUCUUUCUGCCUCUUCUCAUCACCCAGCCACAACAUGACAGGCCUGGGCACUGCAUGUAUUCCAUAGGGUUCCUCCACGAGGAAUGCAAGUCAUCUUUAGAACCACCAGUGGGACUAUGUAUUUCCUGACAUGGUCUGGCUCCAAGGCUGAGGGUGAGGUAACAGAUCCACUCUCUGAAAAUUCUGGUGCCCCAGCUCCCUUAAGAGGGUGCCAAAAGGAGGAAGGGGCUUGAAUGCAGACAGAGCGCCCUGUAAACCUUCCUCCGCAGACUCCUGGCCCUGGAGGGAGCUUCUGGGUUUCUUUUCUUCUGACAUUUUUGCCCAGCCCUUCUUGUGGGGCAGAGGCAGCAAACCUCAUCACACAGGUGGUGGGAAGCCAAGGGUGAUUUGUGGUAAGGGGAGGAGCUCUUCUUAUAAGGGACAAAGCUCAAGACAGCAGAUUAAAUAAAACUCGACUUGC